UUACAAAAGUGGUGCGGACUGGUUUGUGGGAGUUUUCCAACCACCUCGGGCUGUAAUUCCAGGUGUGGCCAGAAGACACCUGAAAGGCAAGAGUUUUGUUUGGUUCCCCUGGUCUGGGACCUGAUAGCCUCAACACAGCAUUAGAAGUGGGCAUCUGGGUAGAAGACAGUUUGAAACAGCACUCAAGGGGCCCAGGACUGCCACCUGUACCCCUUCAUCUUAGCAGACAAGGAAGACAGGGUUUAAAGGACUGAAGGGCGCCCCCUGCCAUUUUUGGCACUUGUAUGAGCGUCUGCUCGCGGCCGGCACUGCCUGCAGCCCCUGUCCGGCUGAAUAUGAGGCUCUCUGGGGCAGGUGUUCCUUUGGUACGGACUUGAGACAAAGGAACCAGGAAGCAGGGCCUUCCAGAGCACAGAGGAGAAAACUGCAGUCCGGGAUGGCUCAGUCGGCCGGUCCAAAGUCGCGUAGCUGGUUCGUGCCGAGCUGCGAGAGUGAGGCACAUGGCCCCUGCAGACCGGGCCUCGGAGGGUCCCAGGCUUGAGGCCCCAUCGGCCCCCCACCCCCUUGGAGAGUGCCCCCCUGGCUUAGUCAUGGCGAAGCUGGAGACACUGCCUGUGCGUGCUGACCCAGGGCGAGAUCCCCUCCUGGCCUUCGCCCCUCGGCCCUCUGAGCUCGGACCCCCAGACCCUCGCCUGGCCAUGGGCAGUGUGGGCAGUGGAGUGGCCCACACCCAGGAGUUUGCCAUGAAAAGUGUGGGCACCCGCACGGGGGGUGGGGGCAACCAGGGCAGUUUCCCUGGUCCCCGUAGCAGUGGGGUUAGCAGGGAGAGGCCAGGCCGCUACCCCUCAGAGGACAAGGCUCUCGCCAAUUCACUCUACCUCAAUGGCGAGCUACGGGGCAGCGACCACACGGAUGUCUGCGGCAAUGUGGUGGGCAGCAGCGGCGGCAGCAGCAGCAGUGGCGGCAGUGAUAAGGCCCCACCACAGUAUCGUGAACCCAGCCACCCGCCCAAGCUCCUGGCCGCCUCUGGCAAGCUAGACCAGUGCUCAGAGCCGCUAGUUCGGCCUUCGGCCUUCAAGCCUGUUGUACCCAAGAACUUCCACUCCAUGCAGAACUUGUGUCCCCCACAGACCAACGGGACCCCUGAGGGACGACAGGGCCCUGGUGGCCUCAAGGGUGGACUGGACAAGUCUCGGACCAUGACCCCCGCGGGUGGGGGUGGGAGCGGCCUCUCAGACUCAGGCCGGAACUCACUCACAAGCCUGCCCACCUACAGUUCCAGCUAUAGCCAGCACCUGGCGCCCCUCAGUGCUUCCACCAGCCACAUCAACCGCAUUGGCACUGCCAGCUAUGGUAGUGGCAGUGGUGGUGGCAGCAGUGGUGGUGGGUCGGGCUACCAGGACCUGGCAACGUCCGACAGUGGGCGGGCCUCCAGCAAGAGUGGGUCAUCCUCAUCCAUGGGGCGACCAGGUCACCUGGGAUCAGGGGAGGGUGGAGGAGGAGGCCUGCCAUUUGCGGCCUGCUCACCACCUUCGCCCAGUGCUCUGAUCCAGGAGCUAGAGGAGCGGCUGUGGGAGAAGGAGCAGGAGGUGGCAGCUCUGCGGCGUAGCCUGGAGCAGAGUGAGGCGGCGGUGGCCCAGGUGCUGGAGGAGCGUCAGAAGGCCUGGGAGCGUGAGCUGGCUGAGCUGCGGCAGGGCUGCAGUGGCAAGCUGCAGCAGGUGGCCCGGCGAGCCCAGCGCGCCCAGCAAGGCCUGCAGCUACAGGUGCUGCGGCUGCAGCAGGACAAAAAGCAGCUACAGGAGGAGGCAGCCCGGCUGAUGCGGCAGCGGGAAGAGCUUGAGGACAAGGUUGCCGCCUGCCAGAAGGAACAGGCCGACUUCCUGCCCCGGAUGGAGGAAACUAAGUGGGAGGUAUGCCAGAAGGCUGGGGAGAUUUCCCUUCUGAAGCAGCAGCUGAAGGACUCGCAGGCGGAUGUGUCCCAGAAGCUGAGUGAGAUUGUUGGGUUGCGCUCACAGCUGCGGGAGGGCCGGGCCUCCCUGCGGGAGAAGGAGGAGCAGCUGCUCAGCCUGAGGGACUCCUUCAGCAGCAAACAGGCCAGCCUGGAGCUGGGUGAGGGAGAGCUGCCCUCUGCCUGCCUCAAGCCGGCGCUGACCCCAGUGGACCCGGCUGAGCCACAGGAUGCACUGGCCACCUGCGAGAGCGAUGAGGCUAAGAUGCGCCGUCAGGCUGGGGUGGCUGCUGCCGCCUCCUUGGUUUCCUUGGAUGGGGAGGCGGAUGCUGGUGGGGAGAGUGGGACGCGGGCCCUGCGGCGGGAGGUGGGGCGGCUGCAGGCUGAGCUGGCAGCUGAGCGGCGAGCCCGGGAGCGCCAGGGUGCCAGCUUUGCAGAGGAGCGCCGAGUGUGGCUGGAGGAGAAGGAGAAGGUCAUCGAGUACCAGAAGCAGCUGCAGCUGAGUUAUGUGGAGAUGUACCAGCGCAACCAGCAGCUGGAGCGCCGGCUGCGAGAGCGAGGGGCUGCGGGAGGUGCCAGCACACCUACACCCCAACAUGGGGAGGAGAAGAAAGCCUGGACCCCCUCCCGCCUUGAGCGCAUCGAGUCCACAGAAAUAUAAUCUCCUACCUGGGCAUGUGGCCUUUUGACAAAUACCCAGUCAAAGGCCAGAGUCCCCAGUAUCCUCUUCCCUGCCAUCUCUUUUCCCCAUGUCCCCUGAAUCCCCAGACCAAAGAGGUUCUCAAAGCAGCUGUGACCAGGCCCCUCCCCUCCCCUCACUGGGUGCCUCCCAGCUCUACCACUGCCCCACUAGGCAGCCCACUCAACCCUCCUCCCAAGGAGGAAAUAGGGGGAGGGCAGAGUGACUGGGGCUGAGGGUCCAGGCAGCAGGGGAACUUGGGCUCCUUUUCUUGGAACUCCCUUGUUGGAGAGGUGGCAGGCCUUGCAGAGCCAUGAGGUGCCCAGCCCCUUGGUGGGUCUGGGCUGCUACUGUCGGCCACCCUGUGUCCAGAGAUGCUCUCUGUACCAAUCUCCUAGGCCGUGUAGCCUGAGGGGGACUGUGUGGGGUCUGCCAAAGCUGACACUGGGCUCCUGGCCUCCCUCUUUCCUGCACUCUUCUCCCUCCCUGGGCAGAUUGGCAGGACACGUGGGAGCAGAUGGCCUGCCUGCUGUUGAGAGGGCUACCUGCCUAGCCCCUCCCUGCCAAGGUCUACAGCCUGGGCUAGUCCUGAGUGUGUGUCUAUAUGUGUAUGUUGGAGGAGGUAAGGGCUGAGGCUGGAGGCUUGGUACCCAGGGAAGAUCUGCUGUCCUGUUCUUGGAAAGGGUCACCUGGAGGCUUCUUAGCUCUACCCUCACCCCUCUGACCAGGAUCCUGUAGGACAACAGCCCCGUUUGCUUGGCUGACCCCACACCCAGGGCCACUAUCCAGCUCUAACUACAGUUAUUAAGUGCCACCUGCCUCUCAGGCACUCCCCUCAUCGAGUUUCUGAGGUCCUAUGAGUGUCUGUGAUGUCUUCCUAUGUCUUCCCACUUGAUUCCCUCAGCCACCUUCUGCUUUCGUGCUCAGCCUACUGCUUUCAUGCUCAGAACAUCAUUGUCCUAGGCCACCUCUUCCCCUAAACCUCACCUUUUCUUCCAGUAGAAAACUCUGCUUGAUCUUUGGUGCACUGCCCACUUCCUAGCUCCUUUGGGCCCAAGCCUGAGCCCAAGGCCCUUGUUUUGGGGGGUGGGGGGGUAACUAUGAUUGCUCUUGAAGAGCAAGGCUGAACUGAGAGAAUCACUGACCCCUGGGUCCAAGAGGCCUGAGGUAGCCCAGUGUUUGCCCAGGGUAGUCCUGGCAUGGCCAUUAGUGGGGGUUGGGGCAGCCAGUCACUUCCUCCUCUGGGGGCCCUCUUAGAGUCCAUCUCCCAAAAUAAGAAGGGAAAGGCAAAUUUCUAACACACCAGCAAUAAAAAUCGGAGGAGGUUUGGCCCUCGGCCCUUGUAUUUUUCUUUUAACUCUCUCCUUCCCACCCCCAAGACUGGGUUUGUGGGGCAGGCUGGAGGGAGCUGGCAACUACUGUGAGCAAUCCCCCGACCCCUGACCAGCCUCCUCUCAUGACUGGUGACUGUUUAACGAGCUGUGCACCCCACACACAAACAGGAGUGCCCUUGUGGCCUCUGUUCUGCACAGCCCCUUCUGGUGCCCCUUGCCAGUUCUCUGAGCUGGGUGGGGGGCUGUCCUGGCAAUCACUGCCCAUUCCACUCACUCUUCAUUGCACUGGCCCCAGAACCUGGGCCUGGGCCAGAGGGGCAGGAGGAAGAGGAGGCAUUAGUAUGAAAAAAAAAAAAGUAGAAAAAAAUAUGAACAGACUCAGCUUUGGGAAUUCCAACCACAAAAGAAAUUAUAUAUAAAUAUAUAUAAAUAUAUAUCUCUACCAUAUGUGAUGGAAAGACUUCGUUUUCUUUUCCCAAAGAAAUAAAAUGGAGAAAGCCUCUUGAGUGGCA